UCCCCGGCCAUCGCGGUCGUCAUCACGGCGGUCUACUCGGUGGUGUUCGUCGUGGGCUUGGUGGGCAACUCGCUGGUCAUGUUCGUGAUCAUCCGGUACACGAAGAUGAAGACAGCAACCAACAUCUACAUAUUUAACCUGGCUUUGGCGGACGCCUUGGUCACCACGACCAUGCCCUUCCAGAGCACGGUCUACCUGAUGAACUCCUGGCCGUUUGGGGACGUGCUGUGCAAGAUCGUCAUCUCCAUUGACUACUACAACAUGUUCACCAGCAUCUUCACCUUGACCAUGAUGAGUGUGGACCGCUACAUCGCCGUGUGCCACCCCGUCAAGGCUCUCGACUUCCGCACGCCCAUGAAGGCAAAGAUCAUCAAUGUCUGCAUUUGGAUCCUGUCUUCCUCCGUUGGCAUAUCUGCCAUUGUCCUCGGAGGGACCAAAGUCAGGGAAGACGUGGAUGUCAUCGAGUGCUCCCUGCAGUUCCCGGACGACGAUUACUCCUGGUGGGACCUGUUUAUGAAGAUCUGCGUCUUCGUCUUUGCCUUCGUGAUCCCGGUGCUCAUCAUCAUCGUCUGCUACACGCUGAUGAUCCUGCGCUUGAAGAGCGUCCGGCUCCUCUCCGGCUCCAGAGAGAAAGACCGCAACCUUCGCCGGAUCACCAGGCUGGUCCUGGUGGUGGUGGCGGUCUUCAUCGUCUGCUGGACCCCCAUUCACAUCUUCAUCCUCGUGGAGGCUCUGGGCAGCACCUCCCACAGCACGGCUGCCCUCUCCAGCUACUACUUCUGUAUCGCCCUGGGGUACACCAACAGCAGCCUGAACCCCAUCCUCUAUGCCUUUCUCGAUGAAAACUUCAAGCGGUGUUUCAGGGACUUCUGCUUUCCCAUUAAGAUGAGGAUGGAGCGACAGAGCACGAGCAGAGUGAGAAAUACCGUUCAGAAUCCCACCUACAUGAGGGAUGUGGAUGGGAUCAAUAAACCAGUAUGACUAGUCGUGGAGAUGUCUUCUUGUAGUUCUCCAGGUGGAGGGGAGCUCAACGAUCUAUGUCUAACUCAGGUUACUACUGCAGUCUGAGAAGGAGAGGUAGAACUUUAAACAAACUUUAGAAACCUCGUGGUCCGAUGUCAUAGGAUGCAGGCUGCCUUAGCGACCCAGGUCGGUGGAAGCAUCCAGCCUGCAGGGGUGGCGCACGGGAGGUCUGGGCAAUUAGACUCAGCCUCCUUCCAGGGCGGGGAAGCAAGGCUGAGCCCAAGUUCCUCUGAUGAACAAAGAAACAAGCCUCUUCCUUCUGGUUACCUAGAUUUAGUUCAGGACACAUCUGCUGUGACUUUUCUAUGCAAUGUGGUGUCAAAAGCUCUAUUUAGGAAACAGGGAAAGAAAGUGGUUUCAGAGCUUCGUGGGCAUCCAGUCCAGAAGCUUAACAUUGAUAGCACAGCCUCAGCAAGGUGAACGUUCCCAGGGCCCGUGCCCAGCUCUCUUUCCACUCUGUGGACACGCACUUCCUGUGACGCGGGGUGAGGAGCCCAGCCGAAGACACCCACGCCGGAGGUGUCCGCUGCUCACGUGUAGCAGAAAAUUACACGAUGUUUACGGAGCUAUUUCACCGUGCAAACGGCGGUUUCCAACAUGCUUUCACUUCUUGAACAGUACGGUUUGUUUGUUUUUAGCAUGCUCUUCAGAUAAAUAAUCUCAUGGUAAAGCACGCCCUGAUGUUGAGACAUGAAGUUCAAAUACCACCAAAUAUAUAUAUUUAUAGUUUCACCUGUAAAUAAUGGUAUAUGUGCAAAUAAGGAAUGGGCUGGCCUUCCCACUGGGCAGUUUCCGGAGGGCACGCUCCCGAGGUCCCCGAGCCAUCGAUGCUGAGAGGUCUUGCUGCCGCGUCAGCUUCUGUCCAGGACUCAGUCACGGCGCCAUCUCUGUCCGACUCGCCGAGCGCCCGCUAGUCCUUCAGCAGGGCUCAGAACGCGUGCUAAUGAGUCAAGCAGUGGUUACCUGGCUCCCAGGCUGUGGCCUUGGCAGAGGCAGGUUUACAAGCUGCAUCUCCUUAUGAAGGUGUGGCUACCGCCAAACUCUCCCUCUUCGUGGGAGGAGGGCGUCUUGUCGUGCAGACCUUGAGACGCUGCUUUCUGGCUUUUAGCGGGAAGUGGGGUUGACCCUCAUCGUGGGCACAGUGGGGACAUUAUGUCACCCGUGGUGCUUGGACACACCUGGCGCUGUGUUCCGUGAGGAGCACGCCUGCUGGGGAUAACACCCACGGGCAGCACGUUGAGGGUAGUUUUGCUAAAACUUCCAGAAGACAUAAAUUCUUCCUUCUUGCCCCUGAAACUUAUGAUCUCAGAGGAAAUGGCUUUCUCUGCAAUUUGCCUGGGCAGAGGAAAGGGCUAGUUGACAAAUAACACCCGUCUCUUCUUUAAGCUUGUAUGUUACUAGGGUAGCCCCCUGUGGAAUUUAUUGGAAAAUAAAACACGUAGGCCAUAGACGUCACUACGUCGGUGAGUCCUGUUCACCGUGCACCUUCUCUCGUGUGUGUGACGCUCUCCUUUUGGAAGCGCCUUCCAUGGAAGAGUCUGUCUGUGGGGCCCCAGAAUUGUGCUGUGAUGGUGUCUGUCUGCGCUCCAGAUUUUCACGACUCCUCACACAGGUGACUGGGGGCAGCGAGGCGAGGUUUUCCCUAAUGAAAAUGAAGUGUUCUUCCGAGCGCUUCUUAUAUUUCGUUGACUUUCCUAGGCGUUCCUACAUUCUUGUAAUUAAAUGUACCCAGGAAUGGCUUAAAUAGUGGUUGAGAUUCACCCCAUGGUUAAAAGUCUUGGCCAUUAUCUACUAUAUAGAGAGUAGCUCCAGGAACAGCUCCUACUGAUGUGGGAAAUACAGAAACCUCCUUAAAUCCGUAUUCCACUCACGCUCACAGGAUCCACUGCCAUUGUUGGAGUCUAGACAUUGCCCGUGCAUCCUGCAUCUCUUUGUGUCUAAGUUUGCAGCCCCAGGAGAGAGGAGCAGCUCUCAGUGCCCGUGAGGUCAUGAUGUCCAAGCGUCUCCAUUGCUGUAAGCACCAGUUUCCCCAAACUGGAAGAGGAGAGGAUGGCUAUUCAUCUCAGGCCAGUACUUGAAAGAAUGAUAAAGUGAAUCAUGUAUGUUAGGGAAAAUACCACUUACACAAAUGCAUUUCUGUGUCAAAAGUGUGUGUGCGUGUGUGUGAGUUGAGUGUGUGUCUGUGCAUGUGUGUGCAUGUGUAUGAUCCUGUGCGUGUGCAUGGGUGUGACAGGUGUGCACGUCUAUGCCCCAUCUCUUGGUGUUCCUGGUCCCCCAUCACAGCAAGCAGGGCACUGUCCGCUGUGUCUCCCUGGGACGAGAGCUGCAUGUGUCUAACUCUGAAUUCAGCUUUCUCUGUGAACUCCGUCUUCUCUCCCUGCUGAAAGCUUAGGACCUAGUUAGGGGUCAGAAAAAAUGCAGAGAAAUGAAACAUUGUGCAGGAGGCAGCAAUGAGGAUGAAAAACUGUAAUUCUUACUCAGGGGAGAGCGGAACCACCGUUAGUGUCUCUGAUUACUCUUACAAAUCUGGACACAUCCCCUGUGCAAAGGGGUUAAGUCAAAGCUCCAGUCUUAAAACUAAAAAGGAAGCAUAGUUUGGAAAGAUAAGUUUGAAAAAAAAUAAAGGAAAAUUCGCAUACGUUUUGAGACGAUUGUUUCAUUCUACGAGGUAUCACUGAGACACAGAGUUCUUAAGCCUGCGUGACCAUCAUCAGGGGCUUCAUCCAGCAUCGGGCCGUCCGAUGAGCAACUGGGAUGCAAGGAACACGUCGGCUGGCUUUAACCUGGAGCUUUUAAAGGAGAACCCGUGACGAGGCGGUGUGUCCACUCAGUCGGACUUAUUUUCUAAGCACGAGCUGUUUGGAAACUUCAGCGUCAAAAUGAAAAAUCUCAUCCCCAAAGGGCAUGAACUUGCUUGCCCUAGGGCAGCUUUCUUCUCUGAGACAGAAGUCUACUCACACGCUCUUUAUGCUACUGCACAUGAUUUAUAGCUUGUGCUUAGAAGCUGAUGAUUAUGCAUCGUGUGUAUGGUUGUGUGCCUUGCAAUAAAAUAAAAGCCGCCUGCUAAGUCACAGCA